GAAAGCUAGUUUUCAAUUGAUUUCUCUUUUUUCCUUCGGUCUCGGUUCUUACGUGUAAUCAAGUAAAAGCACAGUAACGUCUUUAAUAUUUCCUCAUCUUUGCGGGUGAGGAAGGCAGAAUGGAGACGUUGCGCAGUUGAAAGCCGCGGAAAGGAAGUGAAGUGUAGAGUGAGAUGAGAUCGUCUACCAACUUCCUCACAGUUGAAUCGAUCGUCCGUCGGCACUGAGAGAUAGAGAGAUAAGAGUCUCAUCUCCUUGACUCCUUACACCUGAAAGCUUUCUCCUCUCGCAGUCUUGCUCGCAAUUCAGUAAUGGCGAAUUCUAAACUUGGCAUCCCUCUGCUCCGCCGUCUGCGGGAAACAGGAACGAGAUGGAUGUCAUCAUCCGCUGCCGGGACCAGAUUCGCCGCGCUGUGGGGGAACGGUGAUUAUGGCAGGUUGGGAUUUGGUAAUUUGGAUUCUCAAUCAACGCCCAAGCCUCUUUUCCCGUCAUCCUUCCGAGACCAAACGCUCAAGUCUAUUGCCUGUGGCGGAGCUCACACGCUCUUCUUAACAGAAUCUGGGCAAGUUUUUGCCACUGGUCUUAAUGAUUUUGGACAACUUGGCAUAUCAGACAGCAGUAGUUAUGUGACGGAGCCGGUGGUAGUUUCAGGACUGGAGAAGGAAAUUGUGCAAAUUUCUGCUGGUUAUCAUCAUUCUGGUGCUAUCACAGUCGAUGGAGAACUCUAUGUCUGGGGAAGAAACUCAAAUGGACAGCUUGGUCUGGGAAAAAAGGCGGGAAAAUCAGUUUGUAUACCAACAAAAGUAGAAUUGUUGAGUGGGAUUUCCAUCAAAAUGGUAGCUUUGGCUUCGGAGCAUUCAGUUGCUGUUACUGAUGAUGGUGAUGCCUUGAGCUGGGGAGGAGGUGACUCUGGACAGCUUGGUCAUAGCGGUGAAGCAGGCAUUCUGGGAUUCCUGAAAAGCAAGAGUGAAUAUGUACCACGGCGCAUUAAGAAACUUGAGGGUUGUAAGGUGAAAAAGGUGUCUGCUGGCUUGCUUCAUACAGCAUGCGUUGGUGAAAAUGGAUCUGUUUUCAUAUUUGGUGAAAGAGCUGUCAGUAAAUUGCGCUUUGGAGAUGAAAAAAAUGCCAAUACCCCAUCCAUGCUUGAUAUGCUGCCAUCUUCUGAAGAAGUUGCAUGUGGUGGCUAUCACACUUGUGUUGUCACAGGUGCUGGAGAGCUGUACGCUUGGGGCUCAAACGAAAAUGGUUGCCUUGGUAUCGGCACCAUUGAUGCCUUUGGUCUACCAGAAAAAGUCGAAGGACCUUUCCAGAAAUCAUCUGUCGACAAGGUAUCCUGUGGUUGGAAGCACACUGCGGCUAUAUCUGAAGGCAAAGUCUUCACCUGGGGUUGGGGAGGCUCUCAUGGAACAUUUUCAGAAGACGGUCAAUCUUCUGGAGGCCAAUUGGGACAUGGAAGUGAUGUAGAUUAUAUAAACCCUACGGUUGUAAAUUUCGGCGAAAACGUGAGAGCUGUGCAAAUUUCAUGCGGGUUCAAUCACACUGGAGCCAUAUUGGUCAUGGAAGACUGAGACUGGUCAGAAUAUCUUAUACAACACAUUCAUUCAUUCACUCACUGACUCACUGACUUGAUAUAUAAGUACAUAGAUGUUGUAGUAAAUAAAUAAUCGUGUACAUUUGCAUCUUGUGUAGACAGGUUAAUGCAAAUGACUGUACAAACGGU